GUCAUACUUUCCAUCAACUCAACUUAAUCUCUUGAUCCACUAUAAAACUCAGCAAGACACUUGGCUCACCUACAACUUCAACAAUAGCAUCACAUUAUCAAAAUGACUGUCUCAGUACUAGCUCUCAGAGCCGCUUCUCGAUCAUCCUCCUUACUGGCUAAUCGUCAGAACUUGUUAAGAUCUGUUACUACUUGGUCAAAUGUUCCAGCUGGUCCUCCAGAUCCAAUCUUAGGUGUGACUGAAGCUUUCAAAGCUGACACUAGUCCCCAAAAGAUGAACUUGGGUGUAGGCGCGUACCGUGAUGAGAAUGGAAAACCAUUUGUAUUACCUUCAGUUCGAAAAGCCGAAUCUGAUAUUGUAGCUGCAAAGUAUGACAAAGAGUAUCUUGGAAUCACCGGUUUUCCAGAAUUCACCAAACAUGCUGCUAUCUUGGCUUACGGCAAAGAUAGCGCACCACUCAAAGAGGGUCGCGUUGCUAUCACUCAAUCAAUCUCUGGUACAGGUGCUUUGAGAAUCGGAGGCGCUUUCUUACAGAGGUUUUAUCCACACUCCAAAACUAUCUAUCUUCCAUCUCCUACCUGGGGAAAUCAUAUUCCAAUCUUCAAGGAUUCCGGAUUAGAAGUCAAGACUUACAGAUAUUAUGACAAGAAAACCGUAGGACUGGAUGCCAAGGGUAUGCUAGAGGACAUUAGAAACGCACCAGACAAAUCUAUCAUUUUGCUUCAUGCUUGCGCUCAUAACCCAACCGGAGUAGAUGCUACUCAGGAACAAUGGAAAGAGAUUGCCCAAGCCGUCAAGGAAAAGGGACAUUUUACCUUUUUCGAUAUGGCUUACCAAGGAUUUGCAUCGGGAGAUGUAGACCGAGACGCAUUUGCACCUCGAUACUUUGUAUCUCAAGGUCUUGAUAUUGUCCUUUCUCAAUCAUUUGCCAAGAAUAUGGGUCUUUAUGGUGAACGAGUAGGAGCCUUCUCAGUUGUCUGUUCUGACAAAGAACAAAAAGCCAAGGUCGAGAGUCAAAUCAAGAUCUUGGUUAGACCUAUGUACUCUAACCCACCUGUACAUGGUGCAAGAAUUGCUGGAACGAUUAUGAGUGAUCCAAAACUUUACUCUCAAUGGCUUGGCGAAGUCAAAUUGAUGGCUGAUCGAAUCAUUGGAAUGAGGACAGCAUUGUAUGACACACUUGUUAACGAGCUCGGAAGUAAACGCAAUUGGGAUCACAUCAAGUCCCAAAUCGGAAUGUUCUGUUUCGCUGGUAUCUCACCUGAACAAGUGGAGAAGAUGACGAAAGAUCACCAUGUCUACAUGACGAAAGACGGACGGAUCUCCAUGGCUGGUGUUACUCCUCACAAUGUUAAAAACUUGGCCAAAGCAUUACAUGAUGUGACCAAGUAAAAGGUUCAAAGCCCAUCUUCCAUGAAUUUGAAGUUUCAAUCAUUUGUUUAUAUUAAUUUUUGAUACUUGCUGCUCCUUUCUACUCACACAAUUGCAAGUCAUUCUUAAGGUAUCAUUUUUUUGAGUCAUUC